AUGCCCAAAGAUGAUCCGGCACAACGCGUCCCUCUCAGACGGGGCGACGCAUGUCAGUACUGCCGCAAACGCAGAAUACGAUGUUCAGCCGACAAGCCCUCAUGUCAGCACUGCCUCAAGUCCGGCCGAGAGUGCAUAUACGAUAUCAAAAAACCUACCAGCAGAGUGCAGCAGCUUGAAGACAAGGUCGCCCAGCUGGAAUCGCUGCUCAAAGGCACAGAGACACUCGAUGGGCAAGAGCACAGGGGAAGCGCGAGUGAAGCCGUGCCCAGUUCCCUGCCGUCGAGCUCUAGUCUGCCGGCUAUGCCUAUUGCAGGACCGUCUUCUCUCCCAUCUACGACCUACUCGAUGUCAAAUCACGAAACAGUCGACGUCAAUCUCUAUGGCGGCAAUUAUCCCGCGGCUCCUACGGGCUUGAGUGACGGCAUGCCCGGCAUGUUUCCCAACUUUGGCGGGGGAGCUGUAUUCGGGGGUAUGGAGGGCGUGCCCAUCCAGGGACCAAGUCAGGCGGAGAAGGCGUUCGAUUUUAGCACGCUGGAUCCAACGUUCAUGGGGCUCGUCAAUUCGUUUCAGAAUUCGACAGACCUUGCUGAAUCUUUCCCGCAACCCAUACCCACGCCUUACGAGCCCCCUCCUCGUACCUACUCGAUCAAUCAACCCUCCCAACCUCAGGCAAGCUAUGCCCCUCAGUACACCCCUAAUCCCAAUUCGCUGGCCGACAUGGCCCAAGCCGGCACCGACAUCAAUGAGAAUAUGGCCGCGCUCCUCGAAGCUGCUGCUCAGACAAAGCCGGAGCAGUGGAAUUUGGGAAUCACGAGUACAGUCGGAGGGACUGGUGUAGGGACACCGGAGCCAGAGCAAGGGCUCGUAGGAGGAUGGUUUGACGCUGGAGACCUGCCAAAGAUUGCGAGAGAUCAUUUGUUGGAUGUGUUCUUUUCUGGUAUGCGACUGUUUGGGCAAGAAUUUCAUGUCCCAAGGUUCAUGGCCAGUUUAUCACUCCCUCCGACAAAACGUCCUCAUCCCUGCCUCCUCUACGCCAUGUACACCAUGGCGUCCCGCCUGACCUCCUCCCCAUCCAUCCGCCAACUCGAAUCACAUUUCUACUCUCUCGCUACCACCCAUCUCGCCACAGCUACAGCUCAAGCUGACCGCCUCAUGGACGCUACCCGCGCUGGUACCAUCCUCGCAGCGUACACCUACUCGAAAGCAAAGUACCAUGAAGGGUGGUUGCUGACGGGGCAGGCGGCGAGGCUGGCGAUAUCAUGCGGGCUGCAUCAUAUCAAAGGGUCGGUAUGGAGAGCAACGAAAGUGCCGCCGAUGAGGGCGGAUCUGGCCGGGUUGAUGAGGCACCGUUCGUAUAAUCUAGCACCGCCGAAGGAUGCUGUAGAGCAUGGGGAAAGAAUAUGGGCUUUCUGGUCAAUAUUUGUAACGGACCGAUGCGGGUCAAUAGCAACCCAGUGGUAUCCGAGUUUGACGGACGACAUGGUCACCACCCCCUUCCCCCGGCCCAUCCACGAAUACGAACUCGGUUUGGUGUCGGAUGCGGACGACGUAUCAAUAGCCUCAAUAUUCUCCCCUACUGGCUCUGUACCCAGACCAAUGAGAUACGACUAUGUCGACCUCGUCAACUUGCGGAUCCGCGCCAUCACCAUCCUCGAGCGUUCAUCAAAACUCAUGUACCUCACUCCGGAAGCAGGCUGGGACAAGCAUCUGCCGCGGCAUGACUCGAACGCCUCGGCGCUCUUCAACGAGAGUAUGGAGUACCUGAGUACGCCUGAGCAUGGGUCGCCUUAUCGUUCUUCCGACAGUCCCUCUGCGAAAAGUGCGCUUGGCUCGCGGAGCUGGACCAAGACGGCCAGAAUCCGCACGCCAAAGGCUUAUGAUAGUGUGAAGCGGGCGUUGUUGAAGAUAGAAGAUGAUCUUCCCGAGAUGUGGCGGACAAAUUGGCUGGAAUGGGAUGGCAAGGUGCAUACAUGGCACUUUCAAGGCGCUCGGAAGGAUCUUAUCUCUCUGCAUCUGUUACUUGGCUGCUCGUGGAUGUUUUUAGAGGAUGUCUUUGCAUUCAAUGUGGAGAAUACGGCUGCGGUGAAUGUGGCGAAGCGGUUGACGGUCACUGUCAAGUAUCUAUCAAAUCAGAUGGUCAACACUGAUCUCGACGUUUUCGUCGUCACAAUGCUUGCCUUCAUAUCCAAAAUCCUCAUCCGAGAGCUCAAGCGUCUUCAAUCUCUAUCCCCUCCCUCCCCCCAGCAAAUCGCUGUAAUCGAGUCGGAAGUGGAAGUCGUUGUCCAUGCCCUAAAGCAUUUCGGAAGGAGGUACGGCUCGGUGCAGGCGAUCAGAGCGGAGAGGUAUCGAGGAUCAACGGCGGAAGAGGUCGAAUUCAUGAAGGAGGACCAUGAUGGGAAACAAGGGGACGAGAUGGUUUGGGCGAAGGAGAGGCUUGGGGGAUGGGUCGGAGAGAGAUAUGGGUUUUGUGGGUAG